UCGUCUUGCCAGUAGCAUCAAAGCUUUUCGGCAAACUUUAUAAACUGUAAUCGAUCUCUUUCUCAUUUUUUCAGUUUAUAUCAUCGAUCAAACUCAAUUGCGUCGUUUUAAAUUUAACCCAAUUUCAAAAGCGAAAAAAAAUCUGAUCAUUUUUCACUUUCGCAGCAAAGAGGUACAUGCACCGAAUUCGCAUGUUUGGGCUGUGAGCAAGCAAGAUUUUUCAGUCGUUGUCGAAGCAUUCCAAAUUUUUUUCAGAUAAAAAAAUUUCUGCUCAAAGUAUGGCAAUAAAUACCCUCUUAAAACCACAAAGUUCAUCAUCAUCCACCGAAGAUGACGAAAAUAUCAUAUCAUCAGAAAUACCAAUAUCAAUCAUGAAUCCAAUGAUAGCCAGAAAAAGGCAAUCCAUCGAUAAUUCGAUGUUUCGUUUUCCAAAACUAGAUGAAUGUGCACAUUUCCAUUAUGAAAGCGCCGAAUUGGACGAUUUUCAUGCCUCAUUGAUUGUUAAUAAUAAGCAUUGCGAUAAUCCAUACCAAUCCAAUAACGGUCACUUGUUAACUUUUGAGUUUGUACAAAAUCUUCACAUUUUUAUACGUGUUCAAUGUUCGCAGCGAUCAUGGACCGUGCGACGAGAUCUUCGUGAUUUUAGUUUUCUUGAUGUUCAGCUUCAUAAAUGCAUAUUUGAUAGACAACAUUCAAAAUUGAUGGAAUUGGAUAUGGAUUGCUUUUUCACUUCAUUUGAUAGUUUGGAUUCUAUUUUAUACCAUCUUGAUAAUUACUUGGAACGCUUAUCAGCCAUUGUUGGUACAUCAUUGUUAACAUGCGGCCCAAUUCUACAUUGGUUUGAAAUGGACAAUCAUGGUAAUCGUUUGAUUAAAGAAGAAUCGGAUAUCAAUACACCAGCCAUUGGAGCAGCAUUCGUAACGAAAAAAUAUUGUAAAAAAGAUGUAGAAACUGAAAUAUCAUUGGACAUUGGUGAAUUAAUUUCUGUCAUCGAAAUGCCACCGCUGAAUGAAUCUUUCUAUUGGAAAGGCAAAAAAGGUUUUGAGGUCGGUUAUUUUCCAGCUGAAUGUGUCAAAUUGAUCGAUGAUGAGAUAUCGAGAAAGUCGGAUCUGUUAUCAUUAAGACCGUUGAAAAAAUGUGUAUCGCCUACACCUAUCGGCUAUCAUCAACGGCAGAAAAAUUGUGGUGGUGUUGAUUUAAUGAAUUCUUCCUUCAGUGAUAGUGAUGAUAACAACCAUGACCAAGUUGAUGAUCAGCAAUCAUUAGCAUCGCGGAAACGAACAAAAAUUUCCGCUUUGUUUCGUAAUUUUGUUACGGGUUUUCGUAUGCGUCGUCGUGACCAAUUACGUCGUAGCGGUAUACUCAAAGAACGUGUGUUUGGUUGUGAUCUUUGUGAACACUUGGAAAAUUCUGGCCAUGAAUAUCCUUUGGUAUUGACCGCUUGCUGUUCAUACAUUGAACAAUAUGGUUUGAAUACAAAUGGCAUAUAUCGAAUAUCCGGUGUUGUUUCGACUAUCAAUCGAUUACGGGCAAUAUUUGAUGAAGAUCGUAUACCUAUCGAAUUAUUAGACACCAAUAACUAUUUGGGUCAUCGCAAUGACGUUGAACCAUUAGAUUUACAUGCUGUAGGAUCAUUAUUGAAGCUGUAUUUUCGAGAAUUACCUAAUCCAUUGCUAACCUAUGCAUUGUUUGAUUCAUUUAUAUCGACUAUGCGUAAUGAAACAAUCGAAGAAAUUGAGCGCAUUCAAAGUAUACGGAAAUUGGUUCGACGAUUACCACCGCCACAUUGGCGAACAUUGCGUUAUCUGAUCAAACAUUUGGCACAUGUUUCUGAAUUUCAUGAGCAUACCGGUAUGACAACGAAAAAUAUUGCCAUUGUUUGGGCGCCAAAUUUGUUACGUACAAAAACACUUGAUCUCGGUAAAGAAGCAUUACAAAUUGUUGCCACUCAAGCAGUGUUAACUGAAUUCCUAAUUAUUAACUGUGAUAAAAUCUUUGAUCGCGAAGAAGAGCUGCAUCCAUCUAAAUCACUUUAUUCUUCAUUUGUUGAUACAAAAGAAUAUGACCAAAAAUCACCCCCCUUAUCAUCUAAAUGUCUCAAAUACAUUGAAGUUGGACCAGAAAUCAUUCCAGGAAAAUUCCAUACCAUCAUAUCAUGUCGCCCAUCGCAAUUAAAAAGAUCAAAAUUCAAUUUGCAAAAUUUUAAAUUUCACAAUCUUUUUACCACGCGUACUUCUCCAUCCGAUAGUGUACGAUAUCGUUCUCCACAUCAACUUCAACAUCGUCGCACGGUUUCGAACGGCUACAAUGAUGAAAAAUCCAUUAAAAAUCGUCAUACUAUUGAUAAUUUGAAAAAAUCUAUUGACAUGGCAACCAAUGAAUCCUUAUUGAAUCCAUGUCAUACAAUGAAGCAUACCGCCAGUUUUCAAAGUAAAAUUCUAUGUUUUGGAAACAACAAUAAUAAACAAGUGAAACGAUCAAAUUCGUUUGAUUCAUAUUUUAAGAAGAUGAAAACUGGUGAUUCUAAUCACCUUCAUCACCAUAUAACCAAUGGACGACAACGACCAGAUGAUGAUAAUAAUAAUACUAUCAAUAAUAAUCAUGGUGGGAAAAUGAUAUUAACGGAUAAUGAUACAACUGAUGGUGAACAUCCUCGCCGAAUCACUGAAGAGACAAUUUUUGAAGAUGAUGAAAAAUUGGCUUCAAAUGAUUGCGACGAUGAUGAUGGAUUAAGAAAAACAUAUACCGAAGGAUCAGAAUAUAUAAAACCAUCAACCGUUGCUAGACCUGAAUCAAAUGAUGUAACAAUAGAUGAUGAUGAUAAAGAAAAUUAUGUUAAUCAUAAUCGCAGUAAUUCCAACAAUAGCUAUCGAAGUAGCUCGCAUAGCCAUAGUAGCAGCCGAGUUAGAUCACCAAUUUUAGAUCCUAAUAUAUUAUCAUCAAUACCACCAACAUCCAUUUUUGAUCUAUAUCCACCGAUAACGACUACUUUCGCUGAAUCAUCGACUAGCGUACAACAUUCACCAUCAUUUGAUGACAAUGAUUUUAAUGAGAAUGACCAUACAUCAAAACAAUCGUUGAUUAUCAGUAAUAACAAUUUAUCGUCAUCUUCAUCGUUAACGGCGACAAGUCCCACAAUAAACUUCGAAAUCGAAAUGGACCCAAAAGCUUAUCGAAUGUCAUAUCCAUCUGCACUUACCGAUCAUCAUUAUCAAACUGUUGCUGCUGCUGAAACUGAGGUAAAUCGAGAGAAAGUUGAACACUACAAAAAUGAACGUCGUCGAAUAUUGCAGCAACGAUAUCAGCCGUUGUUGGAUGGUAAUAAUAAAUCGAAUGCAGAUGAUGGUUUUCAUCAUGAUGACAACCAUCACAAUAAAGAUAAUACCGUACAGCUUCGAAAAUCUAUUCAUAGUCUUGAAAAUGAAAAUGGUCAUUGCCAUUCAACACAAGUUACAAAUACAUUGCCAGUGAUCAAAAUUACACCAUUACGUACGGUGAAUAAACGACAACGGAUCAUUAUUGAUGAUCAUAAUGAAUUGAAUCCAUUCUUAAGAAAUGAUCUGUGAUCCAAGAAAUUAAGCCAUCAGAUUAUACAAAACGUUUCUAUAAUUCUAUAGAAAUGACCAACAAUUGAACCGAAUAUACUCAUUAUUAUACGAAUAAAAAAAUCUCGACUCAGUAGAUGAAUUUCAU